UCUUUUUACCUGACUGGCUGUAAGGCUGACGCGUUGCGAACUCGGGCCUCCCAUUGGCCAGUUCAUCUGGCACCGCCCACCUGAUCCAUUCAAGAUGGCAGCCAAGUGCGCGCGGAGGUGGCCGCGGUUGCUACUGUGGAGGUUGUGGCGGGCUCGGGGAGCACCACAAAAUCUAGGAUCGAGCCUGGGCCACGGAGUGUGGACUCGUUCCCGGAGCGACGGCCCCUAUUCGCGCACGGCCCUCUAUGAGCUGCUUGGCGUCCCCUCCACAGCCACGCAAGCGCAAAUCAAGGCGGCCUACUAUCGGCAGAGCUUCCUCUACCACCCGGACCGCAACUCGGGGAGCGCGGAGGCUGCCGAGCGCUUCUCUCGCAUCUCCCAGGCCUACGUGGUGCUGGGCAGUGCCACCCUCCGUCGUAAGUAUGACCGCGGCCUGCUCAGCGACGAGGACUUGCGCGGACCCGGCGUCCGGCCAUCCAAGACGGCCGCGGCCGACUCCGGCUCGCCCCGCGCCCCACCAUCCGCUUCUCGAGCCCACAGCGGGGGUCAGGCCGCGCCGGGCGCCAGCCGCACCAUGUUCGACUUCGACGCCUUCUACCAGGCUCACUACGGAGAGCAGCUGGAGCGCGAGCGGCGCCAGAGGGCUCGGCGUGAGGCCCUUCGCAAGCAGCAGGAGGACCGGACCAAGAAGGGCUUCCGCUGGGAUGAGGUCCGAGACACGACUUGCGUCUUUCUUCUCCUCACAAUCUUCGUCAUCAUCGGCUUUCGAAUUUAAUCGCAGAGGGGAGGGAAGGAGAGCUAGCCCCAAGGAAACCGCCUUCUGUCUUUUGAAUCCUUUCCCUUCCAUAGUCUACCUCUGCUGGGGCUCCGAAGGAACUGCUCUCGCCCCUCCACUCCCCCACCACCCAGCAUAGCCGUUGUCCUGCGCAUCCCUCCCCUACGAUCCAGGAAAGGAAACUAUCCGAGGCGUAAGAGCGAGGCCCCAAGGUGAAGAGUCCCGAAGUCUGGGGGUGAAGGGUCAGUGAAGGGUUUUCUGGAGUCCCCAGGGUGCCUGCUUCCGGAAGUUGCCUUCCUGAUGUUGUCAACUUCUGGAACACUUGCUCUGGCUUCAUUGUAAAGCCCUGAGCAAGAAUUGUCUCCUCCUGCCCCAUAUUCGUACUGUGGUGCUCCCCUGUAACCUUGAAACGUGCAACAUGACCAGUUGUUGCAUACCAAAAGAAAAGUUAUGGGGUUGUGCGACACUUUUCUUUGAGUUCCCCAAGCCACAGGUGAGACUUAGAGUAAGACUGUGAUGUGUGAAGACCUUGCCAUUCCUCUGUUGUUGGCCCCAGGCCCCACUCCCCCUUCUGUUGGUGGCAUGUGGGAGUGGGAAAGCAAGGUCCUCAAGCAUAAGGAGUUAGUGCUCCUGUGCCCGUAUUUGUCUAACGUAUGACCUUUGAGAAGUUAACUCUGGGCGCGAUGGCAGAGGAGUAAAUCCCCCACUCUCCUCAGGGCUGGUCUGCUUGACUAGUGUGCCAGUCGCCUGGUCGCCGCUUUACCUGCCAGCCUUGUUGCUAACUGUGCAGCCCAUCCCCAAGCAGAAAUAGAGCAACAAAUUCAGAGCCUGAGUUCCCUGCGUGUGGUCCAUCCUCCUGUUUAGCAUGCAGUGCCCAUCACAAGUCCCACAAGCCAAAUCCUUAAAGCAAAGCUGUUUAAGGCUGUGGAAAUGUUGGCGAUUUGGAGUACACAAGAUUUUUAGGGGUAGGAGGCUUGCUGCUGGUCAAGGUAGAAACUUGGUUCCUUGUUCAGAGCUGGCUGAGGUUUCUUUUCUCUAUUUCUAAUAAGCUAAGCGGUUGAUCAUCACCUGGUUAGAGGUGUAAUGGGAAAGCUCUCUUAACUCUGAAUCACUGCUCAUGGGAAGCGGGUUAUCUGUGAGAUUGUAGGUACUCAAGUGUUUAUGCACUGGGCUAAGUGUAAAGCUGUGAGGUGGGAAAACUUUCAACAGGUCUAUGCAACAGCGAGGCCUUAAGUCUAGGGUCUAGACAGAGAGGUGCACUGGUACAGCAGCACUAAUCCUUCCACUCAAGUCUUUUGUGUAAAAUCCUUGUAUAAAUUUUGAUAAACCUGCAGCUAGUCCAGCUUGUCGGUUGGAAGGCAUUCAAUUCUCUAGCCUUGAAGGUAGGGGCAGACUUAGCCACAGCUUUGCAACAACUACACAAUGCAGUGGAAACAUUUGCGCCUACUCUGGUUCAGGCCUGCUUGGCUCAGUGAGCUUUGAUUUGGGAGGAGGGGAGAUAGGUACUUUUAAAAUGCCCAUUUAAUGUUAUUAUGUUUCAUAUUUGGAAAACAGGGAAAGUCCGUUCUUUUUGAAAUGCAAACUGCAGAAAGUGAUUCCCAACCAAGGAGGUGGGCCUAAUAGAACUUAAGAGCAAGAGCUUUUUGUUCUAUCAAAAGGGGUUGAGCUCUUUUAUUUUUGGUUUGUAAAAGCACUGGUGGUCAGUAAUAACUGGGACCUUUUUCAUUGGCCCCUUGAUACAAAACACUCAAGUUUAUUUUCUCUCGGUGAGGAUCACAGCCAAGAAGGUUUUAGACAGGGAGGAAGGCCCAGACUUCCUGAAACCUUCAAGAACAUUCCAUGUACCCUCACGCAAGGUGGUUAAUAAAGCUUGUUAACCAUCCAACACUAAGCCUCUCCUAUGCUCCAGAACUAGGCCCACUCCUCUGGUGGUGUUCAUCCCCGCCUGCCUCAGGUCUUUUCAGGCCGGAGCUGAACACUGAGUGGCCCCACUCCUUACUCUCCCUAAAACUGAGCCUGGGCUCUUAGAAAGUGAGUUGUGGGGGAGGCCUUUUGAAGGACCCCAUCUGGUUCCAACAUUU